GCGCAGCUCCCUGUUAAAGCACCGAGUGAGCGCGUGCAGCUCGGCUAGCUGGGCUUGUUGCUAAGUGAGCAGUGGACGUGGUGCGCGCGCGGGCGGUUGUAAGCAGUGAUCAUGGCGGAAGCGGUGGCCGCGAUGUGCGAGCAGCUCGUUAAGGCUGUGACCGUCAUGAUGGACGCGGAGUCCAAUCAGCGGUACCGGCUCGAGGCUCUGAAGUUUUGUGAAGAAUUCAAAGAAAAAUGCCCGUAUUGUAUACCAUGUGGCCUUCAGUUAGCAGACAAAUCCCAGGCAGCGGUGGUGAGACAUUUUGGUUUGCAAAUACUGGAGCAUGUUAUAAAGUUUCAGUGGAACAACAUGCCACAGCAAGACAAAGUCCAUUUGAAAGACUGCACCAUGGAGAUGCUGACCAAUGGAACAUAUCCCAUCUUGGAGGAGGAGAGUCACAUUAAAGAUGCUCUGUCGAGGAUUGUAGUGGAGAUGAUCAAGAGAGAGUGGCCUCAACAGUGGCCGGAUAUGCUGAAAGAGAUGGAAGCACUCACUACAUUUGGGGACACACAGACAGAGCUGGUGAUGCUGAUUCUGCUGCGGCUAGCUGAGGACGUGAUCACAUUCCAGACUUUACCCCAGCAGCGCCGGAGAGACAUCCAACACACGCUAACGCAGAACAUGGACAAUAUCUUCAACUUCCUCCUGAGCAUUCUGCAGCAGCAUGUCGACGAGUACAGGAAACUGAAAAUGAUUCCAGGACAGGAGUUAAAGGCCAAAGCUCAUUGUCGGGUCGGCGUAACCACUUUAAACACUCUGGCCGGCUACAUAGACUGGGUUGCGCUGGUUCACAUCACAAACAACAACUGUCAUUUACUCGAGAUCCUGUGCUUACUCCUGAGUGAACCGGACCUUCAGCUGGAGGCUGCUGAGUGUUUGCUUAUUGCAAUCAGCAGGAAAGGGAAACUAGAAGACAGGAAGCCACUCAUGGUGCUCUUUGAUGACGUGGCCAUGCACUACAUUCUGUCGGCUGCCCAAUCAGUGGAAGCGGGGCUCAGUGAGAGGAGAUACACCUUCCUGAAGAGGUUGUGUCAAGUGCUGUGUGCUUUAGGCAGUCAGCUCUGUGCCUUAGUGGGUUCACUUGCAGAAGUGGAGGUUCCUGCUAACCUGAGUAAAUACAUGGAAGCGUUCCUCGCCUUCACUACUCACCCCAGUCAGUUUCUUAGAUCUUGCACUCAGACCACCUGGGGGAACAUGUUCAGGCACGAAGUUUUAUCUAAGGACCUUGUUCUUGUCCAGAUGGCUGUUAAAUAUUUCAAUGCAACCAUGACCAACCUUGUAAAGUCAGGAUUCCCUUCGAAGAACGACAGCCCGGCUUGUGAAUAUGCCCGUGUGGACUUUGACAGCGAUGAAGACUUCAACGCUUUCUUUCAUUCUUUUCGGGCUCAGCAGGGCGAUGUUAUUCGUCAUUGUUGCAAGAUUGCUCCUUUCGAAGCCUUCCGGAUUGCUGGAGAAUGGUUACAAUAUCAGAUCAACUCCCCCCUCAACACUGGAAACGCUCUGUCUAAGACAGGAGAAGGGAUGUGCUCAACGUUUUCACCCGCAGCUGUGCAGUGGGAAGCCAUGACCUUUUUCACAGAGAGUGUGAUGGGACAGCUUUUUAAAAUCCUGGAGAAGGAGAAGCUGCCUAUCGAUCAGGGCAUGGAGCUGCUGCACGCUGUAGUGAACUAUGAGACGCGAGAUCCUGUCAUCCUGUCCUGCAUCCUCACCAACCUGUCCACCCUUUUCCCCUUUGUCUUGCAUCGGCCAGAAGUUCUACCUCAAGUGUUCUUUAAGCUAUUUCCCGCUAUCACGUUCGAAACGGUUGAAGAAAGCAAGGCUCCUCGAACCCGUGCAGUGAAGAACGUGAGAAGACAUGCCUGCUCAUCCAUCAUCAAGAUGUGUCGAGAUUAUCCAGAGUUUAUACUGCCUUGCUUUGACAUGCUGUACAGUCGAGUGAAAGAGCUGUUCACCAGUGAGCUGCUGCUGACUCAGAUGGAGAAGUGUGCACUCAUGGAGGCACUGGUACUGAUCAGCAACCAGUUUAAAGACUACAACAAGCAGAAGGCCUUCUUAGAGGAGCUCAUGGCCCCUGUAACAGCACGCUGGCUCUCAGAGGAGAUGCACAGUGUAUUGUCAGAGCCAGCAAGGUUUAUUACGUUUAUUGGUGCUGAUCAGGACAACAAUGAGCCCGGUACUGAGGAUCAGAUGGGAAUCAACAGGUCAAGGAUUAGUUUUUGUGUGUACACCAUUCUGGGCGUGGUGAAGCGAGCACGCUGGCCUGCUGAUGUGGAGGAAGCCAAAGCCGGGGGUUUCGUAGUGGGCUACUCUCCUGCUGGAGCGCCAAUCUACAGAAAUCCUGCCGCAGAACCCCUGCUGGCACUGCUUCCAAAUCUGCUCACUCUGAUCAGGACCCACAACAGUUUAUUUCUACCAGAGAACCUAUCUCGGCUCAGCGAGACCUUCAGCCGGGCAUAUGAUGUCAUGGAUGUGGAGAAGAAUCUCAUUUUAGGAAUCUCCCACCCGUUCUUGGAUGCAUACGACUCUCCAGUAUAUAAAAGCGCACUAGAGCGGAUGCAAGGCUUCUUCUGCACAAUGUAUGACAACUGUUACCACGUCCUAGGGCAUGCCGGCCCGGCCUUGAUGCAGGACUUUUAUACGAUAGAGGGGUUGGCCGAACAGUUGGUAGGCUCUGCCCUCAUCCACCUGGACCACAUUCCUGACCAUAGGCUUCGACCUUUGCUUCGGGUGUUCAUGAAACCACUGGUCACUUCCUGUCCUCCAGAAUAUUACGAGAGUCUUCUCUGUCCAAUGCUCGGCCCUCUGUUUUCUCAUCUGCUACAGAGACUGAACCUCCGGUGGCAGAUCAUCAACCAGAGGACUAGUGUGUGUGGUUCAGAUGAUGAGGCGGCUUAUGAGGAGAAUCAGGUAUCUCAAGAGAUGCUGGAAGAUCGGCUAGUGCGCUUGGCCACACGAGAGGUCAUGGAUCUCCUCUGUGCAUCAUGCAUAUCAAGAAAGCUGCCUGAGUCAGCAGCAAACAGAGAGGAUGCAGAUGGGGAUGAGGAGAUGAUGACAACUGAUUCUUCUCAGCUAAAUGUGUCUCAGACUUCAGAUGAGCUCACCGAACUGGGCAAGUGUCUCCUUAAACAUGAGGACAUUUACAUGAAUCUGCUGGCUGUCUCGUUUAACUCUCUGUCAUGGAGGGACACCACUAACUGUCAGAGGGCUGCCAACCUGAUCUGCUGGACUUUGCUGAGACAGGUGGUGGGUGCAAAUUUGCUCCCAGAUGCCGUGACGUGGCUGUACACCAGAGUGUUGAGUGGUCUGCAGAUGCAUGGCCAGCAUGAAGGCUGCAACGGUGCACUAAUGCAGCUCGCCCUGCUCAUCUACGAUGCUCUGCGGCCUCAAUAUGCUGAGCUGCGUUCAAUCAUGAACCAGAUCCCCAAUGUCCAACCUGACCUGCUGGAGCAGUUCGACCAGAAAACCAUCAACCCUGGAUCACAGAAAGUUGGUGAAAAGAAGAGAAAAGACCAGUUUAAGAAGCUCAUUGCAGGAGCAGUAGGGAAACCUCUUGGGCAGCAGUUUAAGAAAGAGGUCCACAUCCGAAAUCUUCCCUCGCUCUUUAAGAAGGUGAAGCCGAACAAAGACAUCGUGACCAGCAGUGAGGAUGCUGGAUUGGUUGCACUCUUUUCACCUGAACAUAAUGAUCAUUAGGGUUUUUUUGUUUUGUUUUUUUAAACGAACACUUUAUUACAUCCUGCCUAACAAGCUGGGUGAUACAAGGAGGAUUUUUUUAUUAGAUUACUAUUACAUGUUGAACCACAUAGGAAUUAAAGGGAGAUUAAAGAGGUGGGGGGAGGGGAGGAGGAGAAAUUUCGACAAAUCUGUUCACAAAGGAAUGUAAAGCAGAUAUAUAGUGUUCUCUCCAAUAUAAAUUGAUGACAUGGAAUAGUUCAAGAACUACAUUUCCUGAUGUUCAUUCACUUAGUUUUUUUUUUUUUAAUUUCAUUUUUUACAAAUUUAGUGAAACACUAAUUGCAAUGAACUGUUUGUGUACAGGAGGCAGUAUAUAAAGUGUUGUGAUUGUUUCUAUUUUAAUGUUUUUAAUAAAUGUAGAUUUGA